GGCCCGGCGGGCGGCGGUAGCGGCUGCGCGGCCGUUGCUGCCGUUAUCAUGGCUGCGGCCGCCACCGCCUCCCCGGCCGAUAAGGAGAGAUUCAUCUGCAUUUAUCCAGCGUAUCUAAAUAACAAGAAGACAAUAGCAGAAGGAAGAAGGAUACCUAUAGACAAAGCUGUUGAAAAUCCAACAUCUACAGAAAUCCAGGAUGUUUGCGCAGCAGUUGGAUUCAAUGUACUUGUAGAGAAAAAUAAGAUGUAUCCCAGAGAGUGGAAUCGCGAUGUGCAGUACAGGGGUAGAGUACGAAUUCAGCUUAAACAAGAAGAUGGCAACCCAUGUUUACCUCAGUUUCCAACACGUAAAUCGGUGAUGCUUUAUGCGGCAGAAACUAUUCCCAAACUGAAAACAAGAACACAAAAAAUGGGAGCUGGGGAACAAAGUCUCCAGCAAGGAGAGGGAGGCAAGAAAGGCAAAGGGAAGAAAAAGAAAUGAACCUGCAACUGGAGUAAUCAUUACUUAAUGCGGAUAUGGAUGGACACGUUACUGACUGCAACUUGGAAGUGAAAGAUGUGGGGGGAGGGCAGGGGCAAGAACAGGUGAGGCCGAAUAGAACUGCCCGCUUUUUCCAGAACUGGGAUGCAUGUAACCGCCUCUCUGCUGUGUCACAGUAAAUCUGUCUAUCCUCACACCCAACCUGCAAGCCUAAAGCUAACAUCCAGUUCUGGAAGUGGAAGAACAUGAGCAAAUGCAGCAGGUGGGAGAAUUACUCUUUCCAGAAGAAAUAUGCAGUGUUAUUCAGCUUAAAAUAUCUUAUGCAGACUAGAUACCAGAGAAGAACUUGCCUUAGUACAUCAUUUCUCUGUACUAGUUAAAUGAUUAUGUUAUUCUGGGGAUGGCCUGUGUUGCAAGCAGAAAAAUGACUCUGUAAGCUUUCCU